AUGUCGUCCCCGCCAUCGAUGUCAGAACAAGGCCACCCUGCUAUGAAAGACGUUGACGUUGAUACCGAAAUGGAAGACACUCAGGACAACACCACCACAUCGGCAACUCGCAACCCAAACGAGGGAGCAUCACGAACUCCAGACCAUGAUUUCACACAGUCUGAAACACAGCCUGCGACGGCCUCGGGCCUACCACACCACAAUCGCAAGGAUGUCACGUUGAGGGAGUUUUUGAGCAAGAUGGACGACUAUGCGCCGAUUAUCCCUGAUGCUGUGACCGCCCAUUAUCUGACUCUUUCUGGUCUCCCACCUCCUUCGCCGGCUGACCCUACUGGCGCCAGCACAAAUACGACCCCUCUUCCUCUCGCUCGACUACUCGCGCUGGCGACUCAGAAAUUCGUCGCCGAUAUAGCAGCCGACGCUUAUCAGUACAGCCGAAUUCGAUCUUCAAACUCGGCCUCCGCCAGCAACCCUCUCGGAAGUACGGCGAUGGGCAUGGGUGGCGGUCCCAGUGGCGCUGCGGGAGCAGGUGCAGGAGUCGGCGGUGGGACUGGUAAGUCUCAGCAGUCGACUCAGUUGGGCGUUCAAAGGAGCGGUUAUGGUGGCGGUGGACAAGGGGGGAGCGGUCAAGGAAGGACGGUUUUGACAAUGGAGGAUUUGGGCAUGGCAGUACAGGAGUAUGGCGUCAAUAUCAAGAGGGGCGAGUUCUACCGGUAG